GCGCCGGAGGGGCAGAACUCGGCGUCUGCGGACGGGUGAGCCGGCGGAGGGGGCGGCGUGCGGUGGGUGCGUGUGCUGGGAGGUGCGCGGUGUGCGAGCGUGUGUGCGAGUGUGUAACUGCGUGAGCGUGUGCGAGCGUGCAAGCGUGUGAAAGUGCGUGUGCGCGUGUGUGGAUGUGCCUGUGUGAGUGUGUGCGGUUGUGAGUUGUGUGCGGGGGCGGCGCGGCCGGGGGGGCGCAGGGGCGGGCCGGCGGCCGCGGCGCUGCUGGCCGCGGUCCAGCCCGGCGCACUAAUACAGCCUGGCGGCUCCCGCCUGACUGACGCCGGCCGGGGCUGCUGCUGCUGCUGCCGCUGCCGCUGCGCCCUGGCUCCGCCGCCGCCGCGCAGCUGCAGCCCCGCUCCCACCCGCGGCGCGCCGAGACCCCAGCCCGUGCCCGCUGGCAGGCUUCAUCAGCAGUUUCUUGAUGUUUGGAAAGUUCUGAGACCCACCCUGUCGGACCACUUGUAACCAGUGCCUAAGACUACAGGAACGUAUGUGUGGAAGAACCUUUCCUUGAAGGAAGUGUCCCUUGCUAUACUGUGGAGAGUCCGUGCAACCCUUGCCAGGCAGGAGAGUAAUUUGUGCUUCCAUUGGCGCUUGUUUGUAAUCUCUGCUUCUUAUGCACUCCAGCACCCCUAUCAGUUCCUUGUUCUCCUUCACCAGCCCUGCAGUGAAGAGGCUGCUGGGCUGGAAACAAGGAGAUGAAGAAGAAAAGUGGGCAGAAAAAGCUGUUGAUUCCUUAGUGAAGAAGUUAAAGAAGAAAAAGGGUGCCAUGGAAGAACUGGAAAGGGCUCUGAGCUGCCCGGGUCAGCCCAGUAAAUGUGUCACUAUCCCACGUUCCUUGGAUGGGCGACUGCAGGUGUCUCACCGCAAGGGGCUUCCCCACGUCAUAUAUUGCAGAGUGUGGCGCUGGCCUGAUUUACAAUCUCACCAUGAGUUGAAACCACUGGAAUGUUGCGAAUUCCCAUUUGGCUCAAAACAAAAAGAAGUGUGCAUUAACCCCUACCAUUACCGGCGGGUGGAAACCCCAGUCCUGCCUCCUGUACUCGUUCCAAGACACAGUGAGUUUAACCCUCACCUCAGCCUCCUUGCCAAGUUUCGAAACACUUCUCUGCACAGUGAGCCACUGAUGCCGCACAAUGCCACCUAUCCUGAUUCUUUCCAGCAUCCUCCAUGCACCCCUUUUCCAUCAUCACCCAGCCACAUGUUUUCCCAGUCACCUAACAGCAUCAGCUAUCCCAACUCACCAGAAAGCUCUUCUGGACCAGGAAGUCCCUAUCAGCUCACAGUGGAAACUCCACCUCCGCCCUACCACACAAGAGAACCUGCAGGAAUGCACAAUGGACGGUCAAUGGAUGCAAUAGCUGAAAGUCAACUAGUGCUGUCUUUGCCCAAUGGAGGUAAAUCUGCCGAUGGAGAACCUGAAAACUUUCGGCCUGUUUGUUAUGAGGAACCCCAACACUGGUGCUCAGUUGCCUACUAUGAACUCAACAACCGUGUAGGGGAGACUUUCCAGGCUUCCUCUCGAAGCAUCCUUAUAGAUGGAUUUACAGAUCCCUCAAAUAACAAAAACAGGUUCUGCCUGGGUCUGCUGUCAAAUGUAAACCGCAACUCUACUAUAGAAAACACCAGGAGACACAUAGGAAAAGGUGUUCAUCUUUACUACGUUGGUGGGGAAGUUUAUGCCGAAUGUGUCAGUGACAGCAGUAUUUUUGUGCAAAGCCGCAACUGUAACUACCAGCAUGGUUUCCACCCAGCCACUGUCUGCAAGAUCCCCAGUGGCUGCAGCCUCAAGAUCUUCAACAACCAGCUCUUCGCCCAGCUGCUUGCCCAGUCAGUCAAUCAUGGUUUUGAAGUGGUGUAUGAGCUGACCAAGAUGUGUACUAUUCGAAUGAGCUUUGUUAAAGGCUGGGGAGCAGAGUAUCAUCGCCAAGAUGUUACAAGCACGCCCUGCUGGAUUGAGAUCCACCUGCAUGGACCGUUGCAAUGGCUGGAUAAGGUGCUGACACAGAUGGGCUCACCUCACAACCCCAUCUCCUCAGUCUCUUAAAAAUCAUCUCUAGAAAUUUUUUAGGAUGGAUGCUAUUGCAGGCAGUGGCUUAUAGAAUUCCCAGUGAACAGAAGCUUCUAUAUGUAGAUGUAUGUAGAUGUAAAUAUAUCUAUACAUAGUCUACUCUCUUUUUUUUUUUUCCAUGCUGCAUUUUGUGGUUUCUAGUUACUCUGAUGCCAGUACAACAAGUUUAGAAAUUCAGGUAUAGCAUAUCUGUUCUCUAGUGCAAAAUAAGCCAAACUCCUGCAAAAGUGUCAAACAUUUCCUGUGAGCAUCUUCAUUCCCCAGCCAAGCCAGUAAAUGGUGCGAAUUCUCAGCACUUUCAUGUGGGUUCGGAAACCUGGCUGUAGCUGUUCCUAGUAGGUGAAAUUCACCCCUCUGCAGGCAACCAAAGUCAGAUCUCUAUGCCAUUUAUAUCCAUUUUACAUCCUAAUUUCAGGUCUAAAAGUGGACCUUAGAUGGUGCACAGGACUUACGCAUAGAGAUGACUUUUAUCUAGUGAACUGAAGGACUAAAUUGCAAUUCCAGUCUGACUCCCUACUGCAAAGCAUGAUGGGACAACAAAUCCUCUGAGGAGCUGAGGCACCUGCAUCUCCCCUAGGAUUUGGCAGGGGGAGAGAGCCCUCAGGACAUACUCAGCACUGGAGCCUUAUCAGAGCAUUCUGGACACCUCCAAGUAAUCUGUUACUGUUGACACAGUAGGGUACGGUAUUGCUGCACUGAAAAGCAACAAGCUCCUAAGAAAAAAAUAAUAAUUGAAAUAUAGGCCUAUGAGUUAAAAAACUAAUUAACUUCCAGUGCUUUUUUGCAAAGUACAUACAUACUUGCAUAUGUAUCCGGCAUGUAAACUGAAUCCUAUCCAUGAUACAGUAUUGAUGUAGUUUGUUUUAAAGUUAGGACUGUCUGUAGAUAGAAUACUGUGCUGAUAUCAAGGGUACACCUCAAAGGGGCUUGAACUGUGAUUCAGAAAAGGGAAAUGAAGUGUGCAUUGAAGAAGCAAAUAAUUACUUUAUCAUUCUUCUUGGGAUAGUCUCCAUACUGGGAGCAGGAAGCCCCAUGCCCACAGGAUGCAAUGAGAAGGAGAUGGGAGUCAGCCACCUCCAUCCCCUGUACUGGGCCAAUCCUUGGGAUCUGACUGCAUCACUUGGGUCCAACAGAGAGAGGGCUUCCCUGCCAGUCACUCCAUACAUCCCCACAAAUGGUUUCUCAUCUUAGAUACAGGUUCCAUCAUUUGCUGUACUUUUGCCUUACCUGCAGGUGAUGGUGAGGUAGUGUAUGUCGUGAACAAGCAAAGAGUGAAUCGAUGUCUGUGUUCCUUCUGUAAACAGGGAAACCUAUUGCCCAUACCCUCAUCCACAGAGCCAGCCUUACAAAAAGGUUCACUUUGUAACCUUUUCGGAGGAGACAGGUGAAACUCUUAAUACAUUUUGAUUGUCUCCAUCAUUUUGCCGAAAGAAUCAAGUAUUAUUUCUUUCAAGGCAUAAAAGUUCAUUGAAAAUUGUUUUGCUUUAAGGAUCAGAAAGAGUGAUAACUUCUCCAAUCUCAUUCCUCCAUGGAAUACACUAGAAGUAUCAUGAGGAAAAAAAAAUGUUUUACAGAAUGUUUCUUUUCUUCUCGCACAAUAUCUGGUGCUACACAUUUUGCUGCGUAAGUCGAAGAGGAUGCCUGAAAUCUUCAGCUAUAUCACAUAUGCAAAGGAAAUAACAUUCACUGGAAAGACAGUAAGUAAAGUAACAGUGUUAUUUCAUUUCAGUGCAUCUUCAGCUGCCUGUGGAAUUUGCAGGACACAGAAGGAUAAAUUAUUGUUAAGUUUGAGCAGUAAUAGCAAGUUGUAUAUGAAAUUUGUACAUGCGAAGAAACCUGUUCUGUCACCAUUUGACGUCAGGGCUGUCACUGUGAGAUAGGAAAAGCUUUACAGUCUCUUGCAGCAAUGAAAUACAAUAAUAAUAUUACACAGAAAUUCCAGGUGUGCCAUUUACUGUUUAGCAGACUUGAGAGACAUCAGUUUGGAAAAAUGCGUUUUCCUCAGCUCCCUCUGUCAUCAGUGACCCUGUACCAAGGUACUGGUAACAUGUUUUUUAGCAUGUUUAUUGCACCUCUUCUCCAGUAGCACCUUUGCUCUAGGAUGAGCACCUUUUCAUGUAGCUCAUUUCUUUGCUUUCUUAGCAGCUAAGGACCAGAGAAAAUCACCUCUCCUGUCUAGUAUCUAGCUCUGUCCUUUAUCCUAGGUUCCCCCUUGUCUUUUAGGCUGAAACCUCAUUCCCUUCUAAUAUAGAGUGAAGCUUUUAUAGAGAGAAGACAUUCCCAGCAUUGUCAUCUUCCUCACAGAGAGCAAAAAGGAGAUGUUCUGAGGUGUAUCUGCUCUUGCGCAGCUCCAGAACCCACUUUCUGCCAAUGCUGAAGAAUAGGCCAGUGAAGAGAAGCAGGUCCUUUUGGGACAUCAUUCAUUUCAUCAUAAGACAGGCAUUUCAAGUAGGUGAAAAUGUACUUUGGGCAUGCUUAUGUUUUCCCACUGAGUAUAAGGGGAACUUGUGUCUCUAGCGCAAAUGCGGACUGCUGCACUGGACAUUCCAAAAGUAGAUGAGGUGGACCCUAAGGAAGAUGUGGUAGCUUUCCCAGCCUAAUAACGAUGCUUGCUCAGUUAAGUGUCUGUGUUGUUUGAAUAAAAGUUGGUAAAAUCAGAGCAGUUCUUUCUUUCCUAUAUGUCUACUUUUAUAGUAAUCCUUAUAUGAAUGGAAUUUGGCUUCCAUGCAGUCCAUACAUGCAUCUCAUUUAAGGCAGUCACCUUAAUACUGCCUUACUAAUAAGUAAAGAGGAAUCUCUGAAGCAUGAUUCUUCUGACCUAUUUAAAACAUCUGUAUUAGAAUGAAAUGAAUUUCAGCAAAUAUAACUAUUUGUCAGAAAUUGGAUCAAAGCACCUGAUUCUGGGCAAUUGAAGCCAAUGGCCAUGACAGAGUUGUUAGCCUUUAGGAAGGCUGGUAUCACUGUGUCAACUAUUUCUUCCUGUUUUGGUGGCCUCUGGGGACUUAUCCCACCAUGUGGAAUGCUGUGCAAACACAGAGAAGCUGUCAGCUCCUUCCCAAGUGAAGGGGAGAGCUCACAGAGAAGUGAUAAUAGUAAUUGAGGAAAACAAGUAAAUAGGAAGAUAAUCCCUGCCCAGAUGCAGAGAUAAAAAGUAAGGUUAUUAAACCAUUUAUUUCCCUUUCUUUUUGAACAAAGUUUCUUUUACAGGCUUCUCUAGUAUAUGUGAAUUGAACUUGGUUAAAAAUUCAGGUUUCUCUUAAUUUACAGCAAUGUAACUUUGUAUCUCUAAUGUCUCCCCGUUUUGGAAGGAGAUAUUUGCUGCUGAAAGGUCUUCAUAAACCUAUCCACCUGUAGUCAAUUUAAGGCCUUUAAAUGUACUCACUAAUACUCAAGCUUUGGAGGUAGUCUUCCUGAGAGAUUUAAACUCACUCAUGGGAGACUACAAUCAGCUGACCAGGGGGUGGAGCCAAGGUAGUUUCCUGGAGAUUUAAACUGCUCAAGGGAGUGUAAGUGACCUGGAGCAGGCAAACAGGGAUGUGGCACAUCAGUGAGGUUGUGGCAUGGCAGUUUGCACAGGCAGGGGAAGCAGGAAGGGCACAGCCACCCUCCCAGCUCUCUCUGGUGGAUUGUGACGUAGGUGGGUGGCUGUGGUUUGUUUGUUUUUUCCUGCAAGUCAACUAGACCCAGCAAUGGUUUACAAAUGAGCAAAAGCUGCUGGUGCUGCUAUCAGGGGGAGUGUGCUAACCCAGACAGAACCCCCUGAGAAGGAUGUGGCUGUUCAGGUCUCUGGCUGCAUGGACUGUGUGAGCCUGGCGUUAGUACCAGAGGACAGUGUGAGAGACACCUGUGUACAAUGUGAGCAGGUGAAUGAUUUGCUGUGCUUAGUGGCAGAGCUCAAGGAAGAAGUAGAGAGGCUAAGAAGUAUUAGGGAGCAUGAAAGGGAAAUAGGCUGGUGGAGUCAUACCCUUUCAACCCCAAACAAAGUCCAGCAGGAGACGGUGAAGCCCUGCCCCUCCUGCCAUCAGGCAGAUGGAGCAAACCAAGUAGAUGGGGGGGAAUGGAAACCGGAGAGACCGCCAUCACCUCCCCGGGUGCCCUUAAAGAACAGGUGUGAGGCCCUGGACCCAGAGAGUAAGGCAGAGGGCAGUCAAGAAAAGAAUCUGUCUGGAGGGUCUCCUGGUUGCACCCCAUCUACUAGAUGGAUCACAACCAGAGCUAUAAAGAAAAAAAGAAGGGUAGUUGUAGUAGGCAACUUCCUUCUGAGGGGAAUGGAAGGCCCUAUAUGCCGACCGGACCCAUCCCCUAGGGAUGUCUGCUGCCUUCCCGGGGCCUGGGUGAGGGAUAUUAGUAGGAGACUCCCUGAGCUAAUCCAGCCCUCUGAUUAUUAUACACUGCUGGUCGUGGUCCAGGCCGGCAGUGAUGACAUAAAUGAAAGAGGUACCAGGCUAAUUAAAAAGGACUUCAAGGCACUGGGUCGAUUAGUUAAUGGGACAGGAGCACAGGUGGUGUUCGCCUCAGUUCCUGCAGUAGCAGAGAUGAAUGAAGAGUAGGAAAACCUGUCUUAUCAAUAGGUGGCUAAAGGGUUGGUGCCACCAGCAGAAUUUUGGUUUCUUUGACCAUGGGGCAAAUUCUAUGGUACCUAGCCUUCUAGAGUCAGACGAGCUUCAUCUAUCUAGCAAGGGCAAAAGGACUCUAGCCCAUAAGUUGUUGGGGCUGAUCAGGAGGGCUUUAAACUAGGUUUGAAAGGGGAAGGGUUUGAAACCAGGCUCUCCAGAGAUGAGCCUAAGGGUAGAAAGCCAGGGUUAGGAGUGAUAGCAGCAGCCCAGGUGAAAUGCAUGUACACCAAUGCACACAGUAUGGGUAACAAGCAAGAGGAGCUGGAAGUCAUCAUGCAGCAGGAAAGCUAUGACGUAGUCGCCAUCACAGAAACGUGGUGGGAUGACUUGCAUGACCAGAGUGCUGCCAUGGGUGGCUACAAGCUCUUCAUAAGGGAUAGGGGAGGUGGAGGGGUGGCUCUAUAUGUUAGAGAGUCUCUUGACACUCUAGAACUUAAAGUCAGUAACAAUAAGGUUGAGUGCCUGUGGAUCAGAAUCAGGGGGAAGGCCAACAAGGCUGACAUCCUGGUGGGAGUCUGUUUUUUAUAGACCCCCCAGCAGGAUGAUGAGGGUGAUGAAUUAUUCUACAAGCAGCUGGCAGAUGUCUCAAAAUUGCCAGCCCUUGUUCUUGUGGGUGACUUCAACCUGCUGGAUGUCUGCUGGGAACUCAGCACAGUGGGGAAGAGGCAGUCUAGGAGAUUCCUAGAGUGUAUAGAGGAUAAUUUCCUGCUUCAGCUGAUAAAUGAGCCUACCAGGGAUGGGACCCCACUAGACCUUCUGUUCCCAAACAGAGAGGGGCUGGUGGGAGAUGUGGUGGUCGAAGGCCAUCUGGGGCACAAUGACCAUGAAAUAACAGAGUUUUCAGUACUCAGGGACACAAAGAGGGCCAUCAAUAAAACUUCUACCUUGGAAUUCCAGAGGGCAGAUUUCAGCCUACUCAGAAGACUGGUUCAGAGGGUACCUUGGGAAACAGCCCUUGAAAACAAGGGGGUCCAGGAGAAAUGGACAUGCUUCUAGAAGGAAGUCUGGAACGCACAGGAGCAGGCUGUCCCAGUGUGCCAAAAGGCGAGCUGGCGGGAAAGACGACCAGCCUGGCUGAACAGGGAGAUUAUGAAGGAAAUAAGGGGAAAAAAGAGAGCUUACCGACUAUGGAAAAAAGGGCUGGCUACUCAGGAAGAGUUUAGGAAUAUAGUUAGGUCAUGUAGAAAGAAAAUUAGACAAAGGCACAAUUUGAACUCAGUCUGGCCACUUCUGUGAAGGACAACAAAAAGUGCUUCUACAAAUACAUAAUAGCAAAAGGAGGGGCAAGGAAAACCUCCAUUCUUUUUUGGACAUACGGGGGAACAAAGUCACCAAAGAUGAGGAAAAGGCUGAGGUACUUAAAACCUUCUUUGCCUCAGUUUUCAACAAGAAGGCAGGCUGUCCUCAGGACAACUGGCCUCCAGAGCUGGUAGACAGAGACAGGAAGCUGAAUAGCCCCUCUUUAAUCCAGGAGGAAACAGCCACCUGCUGAGCCAUUUGGAUCCUCACAGGUCUAUGGGACCAGAUGGGAUCCAUCCUAGAGUGAUGAGGGAGCUAGUGGAAGAGCUCACCAAGCCGCUCUCCAUCAUCUACCAACAGUCCUGGCUCACUGGGGAGGUCCCAGAUGAUUGGAAGUUGGCGAAUGUCACGCCAAUCCACAAAAAGGGUUGCAAGGAGGACCUGGGAAACUACAGAGCCUGGCAAGGUUAUGGAGCAGUUCAUCCUAAGUGCAAUCACACAGCACUUACAGGAUGGACAGGGGAUCAGACCCAGCCAGCACGGGUUUAGGAAGUGCAGGUCCUGUCUGACCAACCUGAUCUCCUUUUAUGAUCAGGUGACCCACCUGGUAGAUGAGGGGAAGGUUGUGGAUAUAGUCUGUCCGGACUUCAGCAAAGCCUUUGACAUUGUCUCCCACAGCAUUCUCCUGAAAAAGCUGGCAGCCCACAGCUUGGACAGGGGCACUCUGCUGAGUUAAGAACUGGCUGGAUGGCCGGGCCCAGAGAGUGGUGGUGAACGGUGCUGCAUCCAGUUGGCAGCUGGUCACUAGUUUAAUAUCUUUAUUGAUGAUCUGGAUGAGGGGAUUGAGUCCACCAUCAGCAAAUUUGCAGAUGACACAAAGCUGGGGGGGAGUGUUGAUCUGCUGGAAGGCAGGAGGGCUCUUCAGAGGGACCUGGGCAGACUGGAGAGAUGGUCUGAUUCCAACAGGAUGAGGUUCAACAAGGCCAAGUGCCGGGUCCUGCACUUUGGCCACAACAACCCUCUGCAGUGCUACAGGCUGGACACAGAGUGGCUGGAGAGCAGCCAGGCAGAAAGGUACUAGGGAGUUUGGAUUGACAGGAAGCUGAACAUGAGCCAGCAGUGUGCCCAGGUGGCCAAGAAGGCCAAUGGCAUCCUGGCCUGUAUCAGGAACAGUGUGGCCAGCAGGACCAGGGAAGUGAUUCUUCCCCUGUACUCAGCACUAGAACAGGUUGCCCAGAGAAGCUGUGCAUGCCCCAUCCCUGGAAGUGUUCAAGGCCAGGCUGGAUGGAGCUUUGAGCAACCUGGUCUAGCGGAAGGUGUCUCUGCCCAUAGCAGGGUGUUAGGACUUGAUUAUCUUUAAAGGUCCCUUCCAACCCAAACCAUUUGAUGAUGAUGAUGUCCCAGGUGCUCUUCAAGCCAAAGGCAAGAGUUCCUUGCUCUGGAGAAAGCUGGAGAGCAGACUGUUACUUGGACAGCUGAAACCAAGCCCUUUUGAGUGAGGGGAAGCCCCACUGAAGGGGCUGAGAUUUUUAUAGAGGAUUUACAGUUCGUGGUUGUUUAAGUAGCCAAAAGUGCACUGAGAUGCUGAAGAGACUGAGGAGGAGAGAGCAUAUGACCAGCUAAACUCAGUGGUCAUUACUGGAGGUAUCAAGGCAGUACGUGCUUGGGCAGCUAUUGUGUUCACUAGCGCUUUUUACAUUCACAUCUAACCAAAUUGUCAAGACCUGCUUUUAGAGCAGCUUGGAGUAUGACAAUCCUUGCUGUGGUUCCUCCUGUACAUCCAGCCUGAGUGUGCCAGAUUCCUGAUUAAGCCAUUCGAUAGCUGGGGCAAAUGGUGUCCCAUGUGAUCCAGAAAGUAGGCUCUGGUUGCAUCUGGGAACUGCACGUGAAAGAUUACCUUCUGCCUUGCUGCAAAACUAAUGAGUUGAGUUUUGGGGCAAAUGUUCAAGGACACUACAAGCACAUCCACUGUGUGCUCCUCAAAGAAAGAUGCAGUCUGAACAGAAACUGCACAACUGAAAGACGUGGUCUGUAUAAGAGCAUCUACCUGGGAAUUGUGAUAAACCAGCUCACUUCAUGCAUAGGUGGGAAAUUGCAGUGCCCAAAGGAAAACGGAGUCAGCAGGAGCUUUCAUGGGGACUCAUAUUUUUAUCAGUACUUAAGAAUGGACAAAUGUGCUUCCUUGAGAGCAACUAAGAGGUCAGGUCACUAUCAAAAAAGAGCUUGACAAGAGCUGGUCCCAUCUUGCAGCAGGGAGGGAGAUUAUAUGAGACGUUAGAUCUGUGAAUGAAAAGCUUCUCAACCUGGAGGUUUCACUGCACCCAUUGAAACAGGGCUUCUUCCUCAUCGCAGCUUCAGGAGUACCUUACUGCAAGAUACAGGAAGCCUGAGAGGGCAUUUAGUCUUUGUUCAGCUGAGAGAAAUCCUUUUGUGUCUCUAGUGCAGACAGACACUUCUACAUGUUGGGCACCAGCACACACAACAGCCGUUGGUUUGUAUCCAUUAUCUAUUCAUGGAAAGCUCUGAAUGGGCAGGAGCAGCCAAAAUCCUGUUACCUGUUCACCCCAGGGCUUUCCAGACAGCUUGCCCAGCCGUGCCUUACGUUACAUUGCCAUAUUGAUGCCCCACUUCCCUGUCAGGGAGGUGAGGUGCAUGAGAGUCCUACCAAGAGGACACCUGCACUUGCACCUGGGCAAUGCUUGCAAACGGUGCCUGUAGAGAUAACAAAUCUAAUUUGCAGGCCAUGUCUCUUACACAAGUUAGACAUAACCACUACAUCCUCCAGAGUCAGCUACUCUUCCAUUAUAGUCAAUGUGAACAUUUGCAGCUAAUUGUGAACAGAUUUUAGAUCUUCAGUCAUGGUGUUUUUAUUAUCCAUGGAUGCUGCUAUUUUAUAUUCUGUGUUAGUAUUCAAAUAAUAUUGCAUAUGAAUAGCAUAGGAUGAAAUAGACCGACCACUUAAUAAUUUUAAAUACAGACCUCAUCAGCAAAGAAAAGCUAAAAAAAACUUGGUAAAGUCUGACCCCUUGCACUUUCACAGUAGUGAGUGAGCAAAUUGUAUUUCAAAGUGGUUUAUUUGAUGCUAAAGUGUGUGUUGUCUUAUUAGUUCAGUUAUGUCCAUGAGAAGCUUUGCAAACAAGAGAGCAAGGGAACAAACAUAAUGAUGAGCAGAGAUAAUGCACAUUUAGAUAAAUUUUCUUCACUUACUCAAGCAAUUGGGAGUUUUUAAUGAUUUAAAAUACUUCUAAAGUACAAGCUAAAUGUACCACAGCACACUUUCUGCAAGUUAAGUCAGUGUUAGCAAUUUAAACCCUCACUUCAGCAUCCCCUCUGUGAUAUAAAUGGGGCUGUGAGACAAGAAAGUGAAGAAACAGGCCUUUUAGUGUGGAACAAUGAAGCCAUAAGGCUGCAGAGUUCUACGCAGUCAAGGGGUUGAAAUGGUGGAUUUGAGCAAGGUGUGUGUUUGGGGGGGGGUUGUGUUAAAUACAAGCUAUCAGUCUGGUGCAGAAAAGCACUGUGAGUCAUGCAUUGAUUUAACAGUCGCUUCUGUCUAUGAACAAUUCUGCCCUCUCUUUUCCACCAGAAGCAAAGCAAAACAUCUGCACCAUCCACAAGUAUUAUUCACCGUUCAUGAUAUUCUGUAAACCAGCAUAGAUUGCUGUAUAAAGAACAAUACUUGGACUCUUGCUUCUUGAGAAUGAAAAAUCUCAGACAUAGCUUCAGGAGCCCGAGAGAUCAGGGCAGCUCCAAGUACUCCACUCAGCCCCAGCGUAGUCUAUUCCAUGCUGUGUCGUAUCAAGAAAGAUGUAAUGACUGCUAACCAAGUGGACAUUUUCACAACCAUUCCUUCUGCUGCAUUUGAUUUGAGGCAUUCUGAAGUCAACACAUUUAGUCUGAUGUUUGAACAAUACACUUUUUAACACACUCCAUUUUCUUUGGCUGAAAUUAUUCUAUUGUAAAAGGGAUUAUUCACGUCUUGUGUUUUACUGUUAAUAAAGAAAUUUCUGAUUUAAGAGCUCUUUCCCUUGUCAUCUGCCAUUCUUCUCUUUGAAAGAGAUUGGCCAUGGAAAACUCUAGGUCCCAGUCAGACCACAAGUGACUGUAGGAACUGGAGCAUUUAGAAAGCCUUUAUUCAUACAAGUCCAUCUUGGGCAAGAGAAUCAGUGAUUGCACUGAGUAAUGGUAUGCUAGACACAGGAAAAUGUACUGAAAAUUAAUAUGGCAUAAAAUCUGGAUGUAUAGUAUAUGAAUCCUUCACUGUUCUGUGGUAGAUUUGGUGAUUUAAGAGGAUGGCUCAGCUUACUUUUGAAGGAGACAGCUCUGAUCUGACAGGCAGUCAAUGAGCAGUGAUGCUGCCCUAUGACAGAGGCCCUUGCUCUGCACCGGACUGACAUUAGUGGAAAGACAGACUUGCAGCUGCACAGUUCUUGAAAUGCUCAAGGAAAAAGACAAAUACAGUAAGAAUGCACUGUUACAGAAGUGUCAUGUUUUAAUCUUCCUAAAAUUCAGAUUUUAUUCUGCAGUAAAAGAAGCAAGGGAGUAGACAACAUAAUGAGUGUCAGAGCCAUGCAGGCACUGCUGAGUUCACACACAGCCUGGGAAUCCCAUCUGGAACUCUGUGCAAACAGGACAGCCCUGCUGCCAGCACAUCUCCCAACACCUGCACUAACCUGUAAGGCACUGGUAUCACAGACCACCAAAAGUACAGGAUAGGUGAGCUGCACUGUACUGAACAUCUCUAUGCACAGCUUCAGCAAGUUGCAUUUGUUUUGACAUAACCAACUUGUUCAGCACUGUCUUAACUCCCUGUGCCACCUUUCUGCUGUGAGGGUUUGAGUUUUUUAAAAGUUUAAUCAUAUCUGUUCACCUAAACGAUCUAUUCGCCUUUCAUAAGCUGACCAUUUAAAACAAAAUCAAAUACUUUAUUCUACACUUUCAGCCAAUUAUGUUUUCACAUAUAUUCUAAUACACUGAAAAGUAACCUGAUUUUACCUAAAGCUAAAAUAACUUUUUAUACCAAGAGCCUUGGAAAACAGAAUGCCAUCUAGUCAGAGCUGGCUGUUUUAGUAAUGGGGAAAAAAACCCAAACAUAUAAAUUUAACAAAACAAAAAAGAACAGGCUUUGUUUUUAAAGAAAAACAAAGAUUUUACUCAAACACUUAUUGGUCCAGGUAUACAAAGUUUUUCAAGUUCUUUUUAAAAGAACAACUUCUGCUAAAUACAAUAAAUCCCAACUGAACGAGUUUUAUACAUACAAAAAGCACAGCUUGAAGAAAUCCAUAAGACUAACAAAUACUCCUGAAAAGAUACUAUUUCUUGGAUCAAACUGCUGCAAUAACUUUAAAGUAGUACUUUAUAAUAAGCACCUACCCAUCUGGAUAACCUCUAUUCAGAAAUGUGGUUUAAUACAGAACUUUUGUUUUAAAAACAAAACGUGGGAUAUAACACAUAAUACAGUGUUUGGAUGUUUAACCCAAUCAAUUGCAAGUUCAUCUGAUUUGGGUGAAAACCUUUUUCAGCACUGCAGCUGAUAUAGUAUCAGUUGUCUUAACAAUAUUUUAACUGUAGGUUUUCUUUGAAGAAUAGUUUUUUGAUUAAUUUGCUAUUAUGAGUUAAAAGCUUUAAAAUUUAAUUUAGUAACUUAAAAAUGAGUGAUAAUCUGCAAUUAAUUUAUAUUUCACAUAUAAGAAAUUGGUCGUUACAAAUAACUCCACAAAACAAGAUGUAACUCCAGUUUCAUACAUUCCACCUAAUUCUUCUUUAAAGCUUUUUGCCAUUUAUGUGUUUUGGAACUUUUAAACAUAAAUUCUUUUACAUGCUAUGCACAAUGAAGCAUUUCAAACCUACUCAACUUGUAGAUAAUGAACAGAUAGCAGGAGGAUCACCUACUUGUACUUUCCUGAGCCACUGGAUUGACUUCUUGAUGGCAUGUUAUCUUUGCCUUUAGUGCAAGAUUCUACUGGACAGUUCUCAUAUCCCUGAGUAAUUACUGUUAGGUCAUGCCACUGGGCUGGCUCAACUUCAGAACUUUAUUUCACAACUUCCAUAGAAAGUAACUGACUUCCUUCAAUGAUUGUCAUCAAAGACUGAUUUAACUGUAAAU